AUGGAAAAAAUUGAGUAUCGUGCUGUUAUUAAAUAUUUGUUUUUGAAAGGUAAUACGCCUACAAAAAUUAAAGCCGAGUUGGAUGCUGUGUACGGAGACUCGGCAUCACCAUCAUUUACCACAGUGAAAUUUUGGGUAGCCGAAUUUAGACGCGGUCGUACAAGCUUGAGUGAUGAUGAUCGCUCGGGACGGCCAAAAACUGCAACGACUGACGAAAAUAAAGCUAAAGUUCACAGAAUGAUAUUGGACGGUCGUCGAGUUAAGAUCAGAGAGAUAGCAGAAGCUAUGAACAUGUCGAAGGAACGCGUUUGUCAUAUAUUGAAUCAAGAUUUAUCUUAUAGCAGGCACAAAUAA